CACCGCGAGCCAGUGCCGCGCUGAACUCCGCGCCAAUCGCACGUCCAUUGACUGCGUGUAGUCCGCGAGUCGACUCGUGCUACCCUGUGUACCCGUGCCUACCUGUGUUAUACCUCUAAAAAGUACGUAAACAAAAUAGCUAACUAACUAACCAGUGAGAAGUGAAGCAGUGAGAUCGACGGUCACCCGUGCGUAUAGACGCUUGAAGAGUUGCUGUCGGAAUCAUUGCAUUCUGCAGGGAGCUACCGGUGUAAACAGUUUGGGAACCAGUAUGUAGUGGACAGUGAACAACAAAAGUGUAAAACCAAGAUGGCGGACCACUUCGACAUCGAGACCGUCGAUGAUGACGUCGGCUACGACUACGACACGACCAAGAUCCCUGAAAUCGUCACUCCUGAUGACAUGAACGAGUCUGGUUACCAGGAAGGUUCCGAGCAAAGUUAUGGCGACCGGAGGGACAGCAAGGAGGGGUUCGGGGGUGAGGGGGAUUCGGAUUCGGGGGUGGACGGCGUCAGCAGCGGGUGUAGUACGGCUGACGAUUGCCCCGUGGUGUCCAUCAACGAUGUAGUGGCCUAUUACGAUGACAUUCGCCCGAGGAGGAGAUAUGUGCCGCAGCUUAACUUCUAUAACGUGGAUAUCGAGAGGAUGGCGAUGGACGCUAUAGCUCAGAGCGAGUCGAGCUACACCUCGUCGGAAGAGGGCUGCGGUGGAGGCGAGCGGCACGCCGUGCUCAGCUACGAGCAAGUGCGGCGCCUGAACGAUGUCAUGGACGAGGUCGUGGCCAUCCACGGACGCGGGAACUUCCCCACUCUGCACGUCCGUCUGCGGGAGCUGGUCGCCGGUGUCCGCGCCAGGCUGGAGACUUCCCAGAGCGCUGGGGGAGCUGGCAUCACCGUCCGCGACGUCCGGCUCAACGGCGGCGCCGCCAGCCACGUCCUUGCCGACCGCCCCCAACCCUACUCUGAUAUCGACCUCAUCUUCACUGCAGAUUUGCCCACCGCGCGUCACUGCGACCGCGUCAAGGCAGCAGUCUUAGGCCACCUCGCCACCUUACUACCACCGGCUACCCCACGCCGGCGCGCAUCAACCGCAGGACUGAAAGAAGCCUACGUCUCCAAAAUGGUCCGCGUCAACUCCGACGGCGACCGAUGGUCCCUGAUCUCUCUUGGAAACUCACGCGGCCACAAGUCCGUGGAACUUAAAUUCGUGGACACGAUGCGUCGCCAGUUCGAGUUCUCGGUGGACUCGUUCCAGAUUGCUCUCGACUCGCUGUUGGCGUUCCAUGAAUGCGCCCAGCUGCCGAUCGGAGAGAACUUUUACCCAACUGUGGUUGGGGAAUCAGUGUAUGGGGACUUCAGUGAAGCCCUACUCCACCUGGCCGAGAAGCUGAUUGCGACGCGGCAACCUGAGGAGAUCCGUGGCGGAGGACUGCUCAAAUACUGCGCCCUCCUCGCUAAAGGAUACCGACCGGCGCGACCGGACAAAAUAAAGACGCUGGAGCGAUACAUGUGCUCGAGGUUCUUUAUCGAUUUCCCAGAGCUGGGCCAGCAGAGGGCCAAGCUUGAGGCUUAUCUGAGGAAUCAUUUCGUCGGCCGGGAAGAGGAGGCGCUGAAACACAGGUACCUAACACUGCUGCACUCCGUCGUGCGAGAAUCCACAGUCUGCCUUAUGGGGCACGAGCGGCGACAAACACUAGCCCUGAUCGAAGCUCUGGCGUGCCGAGAGCUGUGCGCGCGGGCGCCGCUGCUGCUGCCCCCGCCGGGGUACUACGUGUGCGUGUGCGCGGCGUGCGCGGCGUGCGCGGCGUGCCCGGCGUGCGCGGUGGCCGCGCAGCACCCCCCCGCGCUGCCGCCGCCCCCCGCACCCGCGCCCUGCUGUGAUUGCUAUCGGCCCGCACUCUGCCCCGCGUGACCCCUCUAGGCCGCCGCCAUAGGACGUCAAUCUUAACCCUCUAUCGAUCGACGAUGAAUUUAGUGCCAAAUGUAUAUAAUACGGAUAAAAAUAUAUGUAUAUGUAUGAUUUUCCCUGUCCUAGCGAGUGUGAUUGUAUUGUCGUGUAUAACGCUUCGUAUCCUAGGCUGAUUUUUUUUAUUUGUAAUCAAAAAAAAAAGUAUAAAAUGGGAGAUAUCGAAGCGAAAACACCGGCCGGUGGACUUACGCGUUUCUUGACGUGCUCUUGUGGAAACGGACCGAUAUUUUGGAGACAAUUUACUCUGUCAAUUCAAAGUUGCUCACUUUAUGUACACCGAUCAAUUUUCGCACGUCAAUUGUCACGAAUGGGGCUGGCCUCGGCCGCCUCACAGCAUUUCACGUAAUAUUCCAUAGAAAACGUGGGCACAUACCCACGUUUGCCUAUUGCCAAUUAUUUUGAACCGUCAUUAUAUAGCUGUAAGGUACGAAAUGCGGCGCAGGCGACGUGAAAUAAUUUCUAGUCGUACUCCUUUCGUGUUGAUACAUUAAUAUGUUAGCAGUACGAAAAUUAUUUACCACGCGAAUCUUUAGGGUGUAAGUCCAAAUCGAUGGUCUGCCUAUAAAAAAGACUAGUUAGUUAUUUUUAAGCUUUAUAUAAUUAUAUGUGUGUAAAAUUGUCUCCAUACAGCAUGUCUCUCAGAUAAAGACAGAAAGUUUGAAAGUAUUGUUAGAAUUGGCUUUAGAGCUCGCGAAGGAAGGUUUCUAUUGGAAACAGCGUAAUUUGCGAGUGACGUACAAAAAAACAAGUCCAGUCUUGUUGUAGCUGGCCUUAACGCGAGAUAUACCGUUCUAUUUUUUUUAAUUGCGAUUGCAAUCCGGCAUUGCAGUCGAGAUGAACUCGUGUACAGACACUCACUCCCAGAAAUGCGAUGCUCCAACUUGUAGCAUAUAGCUAUAAGCGUAAACUAUUUUACUAUGUAUUUAUCAACUCGAAAUUGUAUAUACAUGUAUCUCUAUUACGUGAUCGCUCUAGUAUUGUAUACGGCUUGGCAUACGAAGUAACAAAUUAAGAUAAAUAUAAACACAAAAAAAAAAAUAUAAAAAUACAAAAAAAAAUAUUUUAACACUAAGGUGUGUACAAUAUUAAAGUUCACUCUUUUUUAAUGAUAAAUAAAUCCAUUAUAUAAAUAUUUUAAGAACAUUUACAAGUAGCAGUCAUAUUAGAUGCAUACUUAUAAAAUAUUUGUUUUACGUCUCAUUCAGUCUACAGUAGAAUAUAUGGAAAAUGUGAUUUUAUUGUUGUAGAAUAAUACUGUUGUCACAGAUUAUAUACUACUUAUAUUAUUAUAUAGUUUAAAUACAAUAGAGAGUUAUUAUUGUUGUAUAUUAUAAACGUGUAGAUUAUGAACGACGUGUGAACAAUGUCCGGCCAAAUGAAUGUCUUAGAUAUUUUGAAAGUGUAUAUUGAACUAAAUAUAUUUACUGGAUUCUCUUAGAGCUCAGAAUAAGCUGUUAGGGGGCGCCCUCAAAGUGUACGAUUGGACUUCGGUAGGAAGGUGAUAGCGAAAGCUAUACAGCCAGUAAUAUUUUUUAAAAUUGGAAGGCUCUGCGUCCUCUUAUUUGAUUGGGUUAUAAGCUGUCAAAAGUAAAUAUAGUAACUGUCAUAAAAAGCAUUUUUUUUUGUGCCCCGGCCAUAAUAUCGAAGACCACGCGUACAUUUGCGGGCGUUCUAUAUUAUUAUAUUAGAUUAUCCGAAGUAGUGAAGUACAAUCAGCUUUAGAAUAAUAUUCUUCGGGAUUUAACGACUCUGAACGAAUUUUCCAUUUGCUCACUAUUGAACCAAAAUUUAAGAUCUCAUUUUUUUUGUCUUCAAAAACUAAUAGGACUAUUAGCGUCCGCACGUUACGGGCUGGUCUUGGCGCGUGUUCAGCCUCUCUCACUCACACACCUCAAAUGCAAUAAAAAAGAGCGAACAGCCUAUAACUUAGAUCACAUGUAUACAAUUUAUUUUAAUUAUCAAUUUUAUUAAUUACAUAAUUUGAUAAUUCAGUUAAAAUUAUUUUUUAUUGCAAAAUAGUGACUUCGCUUUCAUGAUAUCAAAGUGACAUCACUCUUUUGCAGUCGAAAAUAAUUCCUUUCACGUUCCAUAUCUCAUGAUUUUUUCACAAGAAAAAGUAUUGAAAUUGCCUUGUAAAGUAGGGUUUUGAGACAGACAGAAUAUACGUUGAGACUACGCCUCAAAAGCAGCAAGAAUUAAGGAGAUCUGAUGUUUCAUUUAGUUGAAAAACUUAACAAUGCUCAUUACCACAUUACUCAUAAUAUGUCAACAAAUAAAACUUAAAGUGAAAUAAACAGAACUCCUUAACCAGACAUACUAUACAUAGUUCGCAGUCGUAUAUAUGUACUUAGAAAUAAAUGAAGUACAUAAUAUCUAACGAAAACUUAACUAUAUUCCAUUUUUAGAAUGAACUUAAGGGUUAUCACUAGUGUUUUGCCGCGUAUGUGCCCGCGUCGCGACACACGUAAGUUGUGAUUUGUAGUAUUUUCGAAAAAUGUUUUUAAUCGUCCUUGUCAUAAUUAUUGUAACUGUGAUUGUUAUCUGUUUAAACAUAAUUUUUAAUAGGUCCCUGUGGUUUAACAAAGCUAUUUAUAUUUGUUGCAAUUUUGAUGAAUAAUAUUUGAAAAUGCAAGAUCGUGUUUUCAUAUAUUUUUAGCAAUUUUCAUGGGACCUAUCAAAAUAUCUAUUGGCAAAACUACCUCCUCGCGUAAAUUCGAGAUCACCGGUAACUUUGUAUUUUUUAUUUUUUUUCAAAAAUUUGUUUCUAAGAAAUAAUUUUUGAUAGAAAAGUCCGUUUUGCUUCCAAUGUUAGGUCGCCGUCACGCGUGGUGUGGCUUCCACUACGCUUUCAAAACUAUAUGAUUGUAUUGAAGUAACCACCACGCCGCGCCGCGCGUGACGAGGCCGGAAUGCGCGACUAAUCUACAAAUGUUUAAUACCUUAGCUGUUAUACAUUUCAGAAUUCACUCAAAACCAAUAUUAAAACUUGGUAGAAGAAAUAUCGAAACAUAUAGGCCUAAAUUUCUACAUGGUUCUUCCAUACAAUACACAUUGCUUCCGGCAUACGGUCUAAUCAUUUUUAUACUUUAAACACAUUGUCUUUACUCAAUUCCAGUGUCACAUUGAACGUCAAUCCAUAUUUUGAUGUAUGUAAUUAUAUAAUAACAGGCAUUGUCUAUUGGGGCUUAUUGUUUUUUUUUUUGGAAUUUCUGAAUAUAUUUUUUAAAUAUUCUCAGUUUAGAAAUCCAAAUUAAUUUAGAAUUCAAAUAUUUAUGGAAUCUAUAUUAUUAUUCGGAAUUAUUGGUAUUUCUAUCAAUAUUUAUGUAUUGGAUAUUUAUCUAUAUAUGUAUAUGUUAUAACAUCUUCGAGUUAGUAUCCCAUAACAAAAGUCUCGAACUUACUUUGGGGCUAGCUCAAUCUGUGUGAUUUGUCCCUAUAUAUUUAUUUAUUAACAUACAAUAUUAAUUUAAUGUAUACGAUACAUACACCUUUAUAGACAAUGUCCUAUGGAUUGUGUGUGGACCCUGAAGCAAAGUGGACGACUGUAGUUGACGCGAAGAUUGAAAUGCCCUAUUGAUUGGGAAUAUUCAAUAAGAUAGAUAGAUAGAUAAACUGUUUAUUCAUAUCGAGGACACACAAUAUACAUUUAUGAUACAGUGAACUAUUAAAAUAAAGGACAAAUACACAAGAAACAUUCCACAUAACUAUACAAUCAUGUGCCGCAGCGAUAUAAAAGGGCAGUAUCUCAGCGCAUAUUGUGCUCGACAAAGAGAGCAGGGCACUGGUUUUCAGAUACCACCAGAGGGUACAAUAAAUCGUUGUUAUCGCAAAAUGGCUGAAGUUAAGCUGCGUUUGUGGCAUGAAGUCUUAAGGAACAGUCCGAGGCAAAAAUUGCCGCGCAAUUUUAUUCAAUAUUCAUAUUAUUAAUAUGAAUAUUGAAUAAAAUUGGAAUACGCAUGAUGGAUGCGAUGGCAUGUACAGUGAACGGCAUCAAUCAAAAGCAAUCUCGCCGCUAUUGCCGCGCCAUAGAGGUUUAUGCAGGGUAAUUUGAUGUGCUGUUGACUGUACGUAUUUUUAAUGAUAAUUUAAGACUCCAGUUUUUCAAUAAGUGAAUUUAAGAGGACAUCAAUCUCUGUCUUCUAUCUUGAAUCAUCGUUUUAAUUUCUACCACUCCAUCGCUGCGGUUGUAUAGAGUGUUUCAAUCGGCGUUUCAACUACAGUACGAUUCGCUAAGGGGGCGAGUAUUCACUUGUUCAGUUGUUGUCACGAGAGACAUUGCAAUAUAGUUAAGUGUUUAUUUUCUAAAGUUACCAUCAGUUUCAGCUAGCCUUAAUGUUAAUGUUAAUUUUAACUAAGUGAGCACUGGUCAAGGCGUUUGCGUACAUGUAUAUGUAUAUAUUGAAUUUCAGACAUGAUGGUUUGUUUUGAUCUUUACGUCUUUGCCAAUUAUGUUCAUUUUCGUCUGGUUGAUGCUAAAUUUGUCUGCCAGUGUUCUUCAUAGAAAAAAACUUUCUUUAGUUUCGAUCAAAUAAUUCAAAAAUCGAACAUAUUAUAUUUUUUUUAUGCAAAUGCGGUUUUACAAUUUGAAUUUUCAGAAGCUAAUUUAAAGUAACAAAAUAUAUGCACAUAUUUUCUUAUAUUCUUAUAUAUAAGCUAAGAAAAAAAUAUUAUGGCAUUUUAAAUAAAAUUUACGGAAAUUUAAUGCAUUAAUUUCAAAUUACAAUGUACAUUGUAUUCAUGUGAAGUCUCCGUAAAAAGUAAUUUUGAUUUGGUAAAUUUUUGCGCAACUGAAAAGCAUUUGUAACAUUGUGUUGCCAGUCUUAAUUAUAUUGUCAAAAAUCUAAUAUCUUAUUUAGUUUUAGCAGUUAAAAUGACAGUAAAUAUUAAUUUUGAAAUGUUAUAAUUGGUAUUUAUUACACAAUGAAAUUGUCAUUAAUAAGCUAAGUCUGAGUAGUACGCAAGCGCCAAAAGGCGUCGUUAUAAAAAGCAUACAUUAGUUGCAUGGAGAAAAUUAAAUUUAAAAAAAAUGUAAUCCAUCCGUGACGGGGCAAAGUCCUAAUUUAUCUGUGGCGUGGCGAGAGUACCUAAUCUAAUCACAAUUUAAUGAGUUUUUUUUUACAAGUGUUGCAUAUUUCGAUCGUAACUCGGCCACGAUCGCAGUCUUGGGACAUACAUUGCGUGUGUUUAAUUUGAGCUUUAUAACAAUGCAGAAAAAACUAAGUAAUGUAGUUCGAUUUGCCGGGCUUAUGCGUAAAGCAGGCCUAGUACAGGAACCUUGAAGCGUUCAAAUUACUUAGAAAUCCCCAAGGUCAUGUAAGUGUGACAAAUCCGUGCAGGCAUUUUUAUACCUUUCAAAAUAUGUUAUUUGGCAUUGUUUGGUAUUAUUUUUGCUUAUUCCCAACAUAUGGAAAAAUGCAUUAACAAUGAACUAAUCAUUCAUUUUCUUUGAUUUUAAAAAGGUGAAAUAUUUGCAAUGUUGUAUUUAAAAGUGUUUCAAAAUGUUUUAGCACAUAAAAUUAAGGUUAGCGCUCACAUUUACGAUACUGCAAUGCUCAAGGAAAUAAUGCAUUUUUGAGAUAUGUGUGCGUGAUCUGUGCCAAAAUACUGGCCACAUGCAAAACAGAAAAUUGAAAUAUUUCUUUAUUUGAAUUUUGAAGAUGAAUUUUUAAAAAGCGUAGCUAAAAUGUGCGUAUACGAAUGCUGCUUUCCAUGCAACUUCUGUGUGACCGUCGGAACGACUGCGACGACGCUAGUCGGCUGUCUCGCUCAUAUGUUACAAGCGAGCUGUCGGCCACCCGACUCUCUUUAGCAGAUAUAAGGGUUGCUAGUUCAUAACGCCUUACGUUAAAUAAGCUUACUGUUAGGUUUAUCAAAUAUAUACAUUGUAGUAAUUUUUUCUCUUCCGAGAGCCUGUUUCGAGCACAGAGCGCCGACGCGCAGUUGUUGCGUUACAUUUCUAUUAUAUUUGUGAGGAGUUUUAAGCUAUGUAAAUUUUACAGAAAAUUAAAUAAAAAUGUUGUGAAAAUAAAUUAUAAAAAAGUGAUAAACAUUGAA